UAGACCCGGAAGUAGACGGGCCUCACGGAAGCCGGCUUUGGCCCUGCGGCUGCUGCCGUCGCCGCGGAGAAAUUGUUGGAGCUGGCAGCCUAGGAAUGGGCUGACUUCGUCACCACUCCUAUCCCGAGCCCGUGAAACAGACCUGGACUAAUCCCCUACUGUGGGUGUGCCCUUGGGGGGAGAACGAGGGGUGGAGGGCCGGAGAAGGCAGGCGGCGCUGACCCUGCCCCAGUCUACCCGCAGAAUCGGGCCCUUCACCCUCUCCCCAGGUGGCAAGAUUCCCAGCCGUAUCAAAUGAAUCUCUUCUCAGCCUCUAAGCUCACCUGGUCAGAAUCCUUGGAUGAACCUGUGGGACCCUUCCUUCUAGCCCUGUGGUUUGGAACCAGUGGCUUUGGGACUGUGAGAGGAUGGACAAAGGUAGUAUGAGGCCGGGCCAGCUCCCCAAACGCUCAGGCGCCAAGCAUCUGCUGAUUCCACCCCGUGCCUGGCACGUGUGUCUUUCGGUCCUGGCUGGGCAUUGCCACCUCCCCCUGGGCCAGCACCACCCACGUACCUCUCAGCAGAGGCCACAGUUGACUGACUUGCUGUUGAGCUGACGCUCUUUGGCAUGGCUGCAUUUUGAUGGCAGAGGGAGCAGUUAUGCCCAGAGCCCGGUGUGUCGGCAUCACCAGUCUGACCUGAGCACCAUGUGCUGCACGACAUGACACGUGGCACCGGGAGAACUGCCCAGCGUGGAAGAUUCUCAGGGGCUGCUAGAUUCAUCCCUGAUGGCAUCAGGCACUGCCAGCCGCUCAGAGGAUGAGGAGUCACUGGCAGGGCAGAAGCGGGCCUCCUCACAGGCUUUGGGCACCAUCCCUAAACGGAGAAGCUCCUCCAGGUUCAUCAAGAGAAAGAAGUUUGACGAUGAGCUGGUGGAGAGCAGCCUGGCUAAGUCCUCUACCCGGGCAAAGGGGGCCAGUGGGGUGGAACCAGGGCGCUGUUCGGGGAGUGAACCCUCCUCCAGUGAGAAGAAGAAGGUGUCCAAGGCCCCCAGCACCCCUGUGCCGCCGAGCCCAGCCCCAGCCCCUGGACUCACCAAACGUGUGAAGAAGAGCAAACAGCCACUCCAGCCUCCAGUUCCCAGCCCCCCAUCUAGCCCGGCAGUGUCCUGUAGGUGGCCCGGGAGGGUUCUUCCCAGCUCUGAGGCUGGAGCAAACCACUCUGGGGCCUUGCAGACCAAUGACCUGACAUCUGUCCACCUGGGCGUGAAGUUCAGCUGCCGCUUCACCCUGCGGGAAGUCCAGGAGCGCUGGUAUGCCCUGCUCUACGAUCCUGUCAUCUCCAAGCUGGCCUGCCAGGCCAUGAGACAGCUGCACCCAGAGGCCAUUGCCGCCAUCCAGAGCAAGGCCCUGUUUAGCAAGGCUGAAGAGCAGCUGCUGAGCAAAGUGGGAUCGACCAGCCAGCCCACCUUGGAGACCUUCCAGGACCUGCUGCACAGACACCCUGAUGCCUUCUACCUGGCCCGUACUGCCAAGGCUCUGCAGGCCCAUUGGCAGCUCAUGAAGCAGUAUUACCUGUUGGAGGACCAGACAGUGCAGCCGCUGCCCAAGGGGGACCAAGUGCUGAAUUUCUCCGACGCAGAGGACUUGAUUGAUGACAGUAAGCUCAAGGAAAUGCGAGAUGAAGUCCUAGAACAUGAGCUGACAGUGGCUGACCGGCGUCAGAAACGAGAGAUUCGGCAGCUGGAACAGGAACUGCAUAAGUGGCAGGUGCUAGUAGAUAGCAUCACAGGCAUGAGCUCUCCGGACUUUGACAACCAGACCCUGGCAGUGCUGCGGGGCCGCAUGGUGCGGUACCUGAUGCGCUCGAGAGAGAUCACCCUAGGCAGAGCAACCAAGGAUAACCAGAUUGACGUGGACCUGUCUCUGGAGGGUCCGGCCUGGAAGAUCUCCCGGAAGCAAGGUGUCAUCAAGCUGAAGAACAACGGUGAUUUCUUCAUUGCCAACGAGGGCCGGCGGCCCAUCUACAUCGAUGGACGACCUGUGCUGUGUGGCUCCAAAUGGCGCCUUAGCAACAACUCCGUGGUGGAGGUGAGCUUCUCUCCCGCCCGCAGAUCGCCAGCCUGCGAUUCGUCUUCCUCAUCAACCAGGACCUCAUUGCCCUUAUUCGGGCCGAGGCUGCCAAGAUCACACCACAGUGAGAAGUGGUGGCAGGACCCCUGGGCUCUCUCUGGCCUCAGUUUCCCCUGCCCUCCCAGACCCCUGGAGCUGGCAACUCAGGCUCCUGGAAAAACCAGAGGGGGCUGCGGGAGACUCAGCUCCUGGCCCCUUGAUCUGAGCCUCUGCGGGAGGGCGGGGCUGGCCCUGGGGAAGCCCCUAGAGGCUGGGCCCCUCAGGCUGCCUUAGUGCCAGAGCCCCUCGCCUUCUCUCUGCAGAGGCCCCUACCCUCUCCCCCAGACGCCCACCUUGGCUCCGUGUCUCCAGCUGGUUAGCGUCAGACUUUUCCUUUAUUAUUUUUCUUUUGUGAAUACAAAGCACUGAGUUCCCAA